AUGGCCCAAUACGCAAAAGACCAGCCAGCUGGCUUCAAGAACUCGGUCCAAAACAUCGCCGUUGUGGGCGCCGGAGGCACCGUCGGCAAAUACGUGACCGAAUACCUUCUCAAAACCGGCAAGCACAACGUCACCGCCAUCACCCGCUUUGAUUCCACCAACAAACUCCCCUCGGGCGUUGUCGUCCAAAAGGUCAAUUACGAUGAGCACUCCUCUCUCGUCUCCGCCCUUACAGGCCAAGAUGUACUCAUCAUCACCUUGGCCGUAAUGGCCCCCCGCGACACGCAGACCAAACUGAUUAACGCGGCCGCCGACGCCGGCGUCCCUUUCAUCAUCCCCAACGAAUGGGGCAUUGACACCAACAACGAAAGCCUUGCCAAAGAAACAAUCGUCGGCGAACGCGUAGCAAAGAUCCGUGCCUACAUCUCAAGUCUAGGAAAGUCCUCUUGGAUCACCUUGGUCUGUAGUUUUUGGUACGAAUUCAGCCUCGGGGGCUCGCCGUCGCGGUAUGGGUUUGACAUCCCCAACAAGUCGUUGGUGCUGUUCGAUGACGGGAACACGAAGAUCAACACGUCGACUUGGGACCAGUGCGGGAGAGCUGUCGCGAACCUGCUCAGCUUGAAACUCUUGCCGGAGGACAGCAGCGAUAAAAGCCCCACGAUCUCGCAAUUCAGGAAUAAGAGCGUGUACAUCUCCUCGUUCCUGCUGAGUCAGAGGGACAUGUUGGCGAGCGUGCUGCGCGUUACGGGGGACAAAGAGUCAGAUUGGGAAAUUACCUCGGAGAGCGCGAAGGAAAGGUAUGAGAAGGCAAUGGAGGAGCUACAGAAGGGAGAUAUACAAGCGAGUGUGGUGGUGUUGUACACGAGGGUGUUUUACCGGGAUGGGGGUGGGAAUUACGAGGGGAGGAUCGGAUUGCAUAAUGAGCUGUUGGGGUUGCCGACGGAGGAUCUCGAUGCGGCGACCAAAAUGGCGAUCGACAUGGCAAUGAGAGGCGACCUUGCUUAUUAG